AUGCUCAUGCUGGACUUGUGGCGCACGCGCUGGCCGCACCCAGCAUCCUUUUCAGGGGCCUCGCCCAAGCGGCGCGGCCGCAGGCCAACAACCACCAACGCAGAUGGAGGCGGCGGCGACGAGGCGCCGCCUGCGGCAGAGGAGGCCCCCAAGCCUGCAGCAGCGCCGCCCAAGCGCCGCAGCCGCACGCCCACGACCGAGGGCGGGGCUGCGGCCGCCGGCGCCGGCGCCGCCGCAGGGGCGGACGCGCCGGCGGCGGCAGCGGCGGCGCCCAAGCGGCGGGGCCGCCCACCUAAGAGUGAGACCGUGGAGGGGAUUGCCGCGGCAGGGGAGGCGGGAGCCGUCGCCGCCCCCAAGCCGCCCGCAAAGCGGGGCCGCAAGCCCACAGCAGCUGCGGCCGACGCCAAAGCCGACGCCGAUGCCGGCACAGCCCCGCCGGCGCCCCUCUUGCGCGGUCCGCAGCCGGCGCCGCUGUUGGAGGCUGACGGUUAUGCUGACGACAAGGCGGAGGGCAGGGGCAGCUAUGAAGACCUGCUCUCGGCCUUUGAAACGGCAGACCAGGACGACGAUUUCGAUCCAGAGAUCGGCGGGUACAUCCGGGGUGGCGCCGGCCGCGGCCUCGCAGCGUUGGACCAGGAGUUCGACCUGUUUGACCUGAUGGACAAUGAUUUAGGGAUGGACCCGUUCGAUGACGCGUACGACGUUUGGGAGGGCCCCAUGGGCGGCGGCGGUGGGGGCGCAGGAGGAGUCGGCGGCCAGAGCGAUGAUAUGGGAUCUUACCUGUCUGCGUUUGGCGGCGGCGGCGCCCGUGGCACGGGGCGCGGCGCGAAGGGGCGCGAGCCCCAGCGCGGCUGGGGCGAGGGCUGGGCGGGGCGCGGCGGCGGCGGCGGCGGCGGGGCCACAAUGGCGCGGCUCAGGCAUGGGACAAAGUGA